AUGGCUGAUCCUUACUUAUGUUCCUUAAGUCAAUGUAUAAUUAAUGACAUAAAACUUCCAGAUGGGACAUUUAAACAAAAUGUUUUAGGUGGAGGCGGUGUAUAUGCGACAUACGGAAUGAGGUUAUGGUUUUCUUCACCAGAAUCUCAAAGAAUCGCAUAUUCAUUUCACGCUGGCUAUGAUUUUCCAAUUAGCAUUCUACAAAAAUUGUUAUCAUUAAAUAUUUCGUUAACACAGAUAUGGCAUUCGAAUUUACCUUCGAUUCGUGGAUUAGCAACUUUUACAUCCGCAGAUCAACGUGUAUUUGUAUAUCAAACUCCACCAAUAGGGACGGUGCCAGCCGACUUACCAAGUUCAUAUCUAAAUUCCAAAAUUUUUCAUUUCAUUUGUUCAUCAAAUUGGGCCUCACAACAUAUUACAGAGAUAUUAAGAUUAAGAGAUAAACAAUUACCACCACCAACCUUUGUUUGGGAACCUGUACCAAAUAGUACCACAAAAGAGAAUUUACAAUCUUGUGUGGAGGCUAUGAAAAUGGUUGAUGUAUUAUCACCGAAUCAUGAAGAAGCGGCGGCACUUUUAGGAUUAAUAAGUGAGGAAGAUGAAGAAGUCGAUAGAUUUUUAUCUGAAGAUAUGUUGACAUAUAUGGCAGAUAGGUUUUUAUCAUAUCAAAUUGGACCUCAUGGAAAUGGAUGUGUUGUAAUUAGAGCUUCUUACAAGGGAUGUUUAGUAGCAACAAAGGAAAAAAAAGAAAUAAUACCAGCUUAUUGGACGACAUUAAGGGAUGGUACAAAAGAUCAUCAUGUAAUCGAUGUUACGGGAGCAGGGAAUGCUUUUUGUGGAGGUUUUAUGGCUGGAUUAAUUCGAUCUAAUUAUGAUGUAUUUGAAGCCGCUUUAUUUGGAUCUGUUAGCGCUUCGUUUACUGUUGAACAGCUUGGAGCGCCGAGGCUGGAAUUUAAUCAAAAUGGAAAUGAAAUUUGGAAUUCAGGCGAUGACCCACAAGAAAGAUUACAAAAGUUAAGACAACGAGUUAAAGAAAAGCUUAAAGAAAAAUUAAAAGUGAAAUUAAAAGAAAGGAUUCAAGAAAAGUUGAAAAACAGGGAUGUGAACCAACAUCAUCAUCAAAAUGGAGUUGAUACGGUACAAGUCGAAAAAGACGGUAAUGAUUUUAUUAGCGAUGGGAGAGGCUUGAUAGAUCACGAAAAUUUUCGGGAUAGCGUGAGUCCGGCUGAUUAA